AUUGUGCCUGUUCACAAUAGCGAACGCUGGUUAGACGCAUGCUUGAAGUCAGUUUGGGAACAAGAUUUUAAGGAAACCAUGGAGCUGUCGAUUUUUAAUGACUCCAGUAAGGAUGGUUCAGCUGAAAUCAUUGAAAAAUGGAAGACGAAGUUGGCAGAUGCUGGUGUUCCAGUAGUCGUUGGUAGUAAUGAUUCGUCUCGGCCUCGAGGUGUUGGAUUUGCUAAAAAUCAAGCAGUAAUUCAGAGCUCAGGAACCUAUCUCUGCUUUCUGGAUUCAGAUGAUGUGAUGAUGCCACAGCGGGUCAGACUGCAACAUGAAGCUGCCAUUCAACGCCCAAACAGUAUUAUUGGUUGCCAAGUCAGAAGAGAGCCACUGGAGUCUACUGAACGGUAUACUCGUUGGAUCAAUAAUCUGACUGAAGAACAGCUUCUUACUCAGGUGUUUACCUCCCAUGGACCUACUGUGAUCAUGCCAACCUGGUUCUGUUCUCGAGAAUGGUUUUUUCACGUGGGAAAAUUUGAUGAGGGUGGAAAGGGUGUUCCGGAAGAUUUGUUGUUUUUUUAUAAACAUAUCCAAAAGGGCGGUGAAGUCUUUCGAGUAAACCAUUGUCUCCUGCUGUACCGUUACCAUCCACAGGCUGCAACUCAUUCCGUCCUAGAGGGAACCAUCUGGAAUCACCGCGUCAGGUUUCUUGAAGACAGAGUCCUGAGCUCCUGGACAUCAUUCACCAUUUGGAAUGCUGGCAAGCAAGGCAAGAAGCUCUACAGAAGCUUGUCACCAGCUAAUCGGAAAAAGGUAACCGCGUUCUGUGAUGUUGACGGAAAGAAAAUAGCAAAAGGAUUCUACACUUACGAAGAAUCUGAGGAGAGACCAAAGCCAAAAAUUCCUAUAUGUCACUUCAGAGAAGCAACUCCACCUUUCAUUAUCUGCGUGAAGCUGGAUUUGACAGGUGGAGCAUUUGAAACAAACCUGAACAUGCUGAACUUGAAGGAAGGGAUGGAUUAUUAUCACUUUAACUAA